UCUUUGGGAAAGAUGGUGGAACAGGGAGAGAUCCGCGUGGUUCGGUGUGGUGGCAGUACAAUCAAUUCCAGAAAAGCUAUUUUCACUUUAGAUUCAAAGUACCUCCUUUGUACCUCGGGGGACACGGUGAAAGUUUACAGCACAGCCACUGAAGAAUGUGUGCAUGUCUUGCAGGGCCACACGAACCUGGUUACAGGCAUCUCCCUGAACCCUCUGAACCAUUUACAGGUCUAUUCUUGCUCUGUAGAUGGCACUAUUAAACUGUGGGACUUCACAGAUGGCAUUCUGAUUAAGACGUUCACAGUUGGCUACAAACUGUUAGCCCUGUACACCUCUAAAGCCCAUGAAGGAUGUGUCUUUGUCAUAAUCCCCAAGGAGAAUGAUGAAGCUUUAGAUUCUUUCCAGCUGGUUGCUGUUAAGCUUCCCAAGUCAUCGGAACAAGAGGUUUCAGCCACAGAAUUGUCGUUUGUGUUGAAUGAUGUCAGCCAAUUGCCAAAGUGUACCUCAUAUGGCAGAGAGGGUGAAUUUGUAGCUUCAGUGAAAGGUCUUCAUCUCACUGUGUAUUUCUUCAGAAACCAAAAGACUUACAGGUUGUCUUUGAAUGCCUCUCGCAAGAAGGGGGCUAACAACAUAUUUACUUGUGUCGCAUGCCACCCGAAGGAGGACUGUAUCGCCACAGGCCACGAAGAUGGAAAAAUACGUCUUUGGAGAAACUUUAAUCGCAAAAAGGAAUACACACACUCUACACACCACUGGCAUCACAGUGCAGUAAAUGAUUUGUCCUUUACAGCAGAAGGUACCAAUCUACUGAGUGGUGGGAUUGAGUCAGUGUUGGUCCAGUGGCGGUAUGGAGAAGAGACAAAAAAAGAUUUCCUGCCUCGUCUGGGAGCUGCUAUAACACACAUCUCUACUUCCCCUGAAGGCUCUCUGUAUUGUACAUCCCACAGUGAUAACAAGAUCACUAUUAUCCAAAGCAAUCUCAGAGUCUGUGCAAUUAUCCAAGGGUUAGUAAAAGGUGAUAACAUAAAAACAGAUUUGAUGAUUGACCCAAGAAGUAAAGCUCUUGUGCUGAAUGGAAAGCCAGGACAUUUGCAGUUUUAUUCCCUUCAGCAUGACAAGCAGUUGUAUAACCUAGAUAUAGUACAGCAGGAGUACAUCAACCAGUCUGGCCUGCACCAGUUUGAAGUUGUGAAAGCUGCAUUUGAUGCUCAAGGAUCUUGGUUAGCAACUGUAGAAGAAAGGAAAGAGAAACUAGCUGACCUGGAGAUACAGUUGAAAAUAUGGGUGUACAAGGAUGAAACGCAGAGCUUUGUUCUGAACACCACCAUAACAUCCCCACAUGAGGACCAUGUCACAGCACUGUGCUUUUGCAACACAAAUGAAACAACAAUGCUGGUAACCACUGGAAGAGAUGGCCGGUUUAAAGCCUGGGUCUUGGGGGAUGAUUCAGACAUAUAUCGUGAGAAUGUAUGCUGGAGCUGUGACUUCGUUGGCAACUAUCACAAUCUCCUGGCCACAAACUGCUGCUUCUCUGAAGAUAGCUCCCUGUUAGCAGUGGGAUUCGAGCAGAUUGUCACCAUUUGGAACCCCAACACCUGGGAUCUCGUGUGCACAUUCUGCCAGCCUCCAGGGAAAAUAAAAGACCUUUGUUUUGGGAGGCUUAGCUGUUCUAAGUAUCUCCUCGGUACCACUACGAAUAACUUUCUCUGCUGUUGGAACCUGCUGACUUGUACACUGGAAUGGAGCGUCGGGUUAAAUGUCAUUCUGCUGCAGGCUGACCCCCUGUCUGAAAAUGUUGCUGCGUUCUCAUGUGUGGCAGAGAAUUCCGACUUGUUUGUUUUCAGGCCCAGUGAACCCAGACCUGUGUACUUGCAGAAGGAUAUUUGCCAGGGCAGCGUGCAGCGAGCGGUGUUCACCCCCCGGGAGGUGCCAGAGGAGAACUGCUCCGAGAACAGCCAGUGGCUGAACAGAUCGCAGCUCUACUUCCUGACUAGAGACAUGGAUUUAAUGACAUUCAGUACAAAGACAGAAGAAGACAGGCUUACAGCUUCAAGCAAGCAGCUUUUAAUAGAAGAGAACAUCCCUGUAACUCCAUUCUACUUGCUGUUGGGAAAACACAGACGGGCAAGGCUGGAUGCUGAAAAUGGGACUCUUGCAGCCCAGGUUCAGUCACCACAGGGAUCUGUUGCAAUUAAAGAGUUACUUCAAACCCCGGCUCAUGUUCUACCCUCAGCAGCUUUCCUGUGCACAAUGUUUGUGAAUUCUCUCCUAAUAUCCAAGGAAGGCAAGAGUGAGGUCCCUGAGGAGGAAAUGGAGAGCGAGAAAGAGGAAGAUGAAACUUCUGAUCAGGAAAUGGAUUCUCAACACAAAGUGAAGCCAGCGUACUUGGUUGAAGAACUGGUGCCAAAGCUGUCUAAAACGGAAGAAAGGGACCUGAAGAAAGUGAGAAAAGCUGAUUACAGCUGGCUGUGCCCAUUUCAUGGCACGCGCCCAUGAGAACCAUAUCAUGGUUAAUAUGUCAAAUAAAAGAACAUGCAAUAAAGUAUUUAUCAUCUUUCUAGAAAAGUUAAACCUGUUUUGCUUUUUGGUCAUGUAAUUAGUAACUUUGUUUUAAAAAGGUUAUCUGCAUUUUGUUGUUACUGUAAUAAAAUGGCAGAAACAUGCUACUGUGUUUUAUAUCUAUUUAACCAACGGGGUCCCCAUGAGUGGUUGAAAAUACAAGAAUAAUGACUGAAUUGCAAAUAAAAGCGUAAUUAAACUGUAAUCAAUCAAUGGUAUGGUGUAAUUACAGCCAAGGUUCAAUUACAAUUACAUUUUAUUUUACAAACUGCACAAUUACUAUUGUAAUCAGCGCUCCAGAUAAGGUUUUGGGUUUGGGAGUAACUUGCCCUUUAAUUUUAACACAGAACAAAACAUAUUUCGAGGGGUAAAUUACAACAUUACCUUUUUAAGUCAUGAGUAAUCUUGAUAAAUACUGUACAAUCUUUAAUAGUAAUGAGGUAGGCAUUUAACUGCAAUGUAACUUUGACCUACUGUACAACAUUUUUUUUUUUUUUUUUUUUUUUUUUUAAAGUGGUUGCCUCAGAUAGUUGAGUUGGAUUUAGCUGGACUGGGACGUUUACGAUUCAACUUGUGUAGCUUCGAAUUUUUUUUUUUAUUGUUACUGUGAUUUUCUGCAGACAACAGGGUUAGCCAGAGUUUGGAUAAUGUUUGUUGGGUUGGUUUUUCUUGUGUACAGUUUCCUAGUAACUGAAGUCAUAUUCUGUGAGAUGUAGUAAGUGGAAGUUUUAGGGGAGGAAGGCAGGAGGGGGAGCAAAAUUGCUGUAUUUUUACUCAUUAAAUUUAGUGUGUAUUUCGAACUUAAUGUGUGAAAAUGGCAGGUACGCAGCUUCUUUGGAUCCCUGAUUGUUACUGACCCCAGGUCUGGUUCGUGGAUCUGUUGUAUUUUGGAUAUUUCCUUCUGUACCUGAACAUUUUUACAAUAGAAAAGUGUUAUUGCAACCAGCAAGUUAGGAUUUUUCUGUGGAAAGCAAAAGUACUUUAUUAAAAUACCAUUCAAGUCUAGCUUUUAGACAUGCUAUAUUAAGCAGUUUCCUUUUCUGUGAUUUAAAAACCUGAAAAAAAAAGUACAAAUAAUAAAAUAAACAACCAU